AUGCAUUCCUCCAUCACGGCCACUGCCCUUCUUGCCUGUGUCUACUUGGUGUACAGAUUUUACGUCCGCAGGCAAAGAAAAGCCCAGCUCCCGCCCGGCCCCAAGCCAUGGCCGCUCCUUGGGAAUAUUACGGACCUACCUCCGCAGGGUGUGCCCGAGUAUCAACAUUGGCUCAAGUACAAGGACACCUACGGCCCCAUCAGCUCCGUCACCGUGCUCGGACAGACCAUGGUAAUCAUCCAUGACCUAGAAGCCAUUCAUGAAUUGAUGGAAAAGAAGUCGCUCAUGACAUCGGAACGGCCGCGAUUCGAGUUUGCGCACAGCUUGUCUGGUUUCGGCAAGUACCUCAGUCUCCGGCCCUACGACGACAGCUUCCGAAGGCAGCGCAAAGUCGUACACCAGCAACUCGGGACCAAGGCACUAGUGGACAAGUAUCAUGCCGUGCAAGAGGAAGAAGUUGGGCGACUGCUCCUGCGGCUUCUGGAGGAUCCGCAAAAUCUUUGGCAAAGCUUGAAAACGAAAGCCGGAGCCAUCAUACUCAAGAUCACAUACGGCUACACGGUUCAGCACAAAAAAGUCGACCCCCUGGUGAAACUGAUUGAAGAAAUGAUGAGGAGGGGCUCCGAGGCCCUCGUGCCCAUGAGCUAUGCAGUCGAUCUCUUGCCUGCUCUCAGACACGUCCCCGAGUGGUUCCCUGGCGCUUCGUUCCAACGAGUUGCCAAGAAGUCGACGGAUAUCAAUAAGAUUGUGACGGAUGUUCCGUACAAUUUUGUGAGACAGCAGAUGGCGCAGCAGGAUCACACGCCGUGUUACGUCUCUAGGCUCAUUCAAGAACUGCAAGAUGAGGACCUGCGGCUCGACCCCGUGGCCGCGGAGACGAUCAAGUGGUCGGCGGGAAUCUUGUACGCCGGGGGUUCGGACACGACCGUUUCUUCUCUCUUCAGCGUGAUUCUCGCCCUUGUCAAAUUCCCCGAAGUCCAGCGACGAGCGCAGCACGAGAUUGAUGGCUUGACGGGGUCGGAUCGUCUCCCGCAGUUUGAGGACCGCAGCAAACUUCCGUAUGUCGACGGCGUCGUCAAGGAAGCGCUGCGGUGGUUUCCCGUAACACCAAUGGGCGUGGCGCAUGCCGCCAGCAAAGACAUCAUGCUGAAAGGAUACCUUGUCCCCAAGGGCGCUAUUAUAUUGCCCGCCGUGUGGUGGCUCCUCCACGAUCCCCAAGUAUACGCGAAUCCGGAGUCAUUCGACCCUGCGAGGUACCUGCCACCGCGGGAUGAGCCGGAUCCCGCAAAGGUGGCAUUUGGGUUUGGGCGAAGGGUUUGUCCGGGGAGAUACCUGGCGGAUGCCGCUAUAUUUCUUACCGUUGCCCAAAUACUUGCUGUAUUUAAUGUAAGCAAGGCUCUUGAUGACGACGGCAAGGAAAUAGAGCCGGUGGUGGCUAGCGGAUUUGGAUUGAUUGAUCACCCGGCUUUGUUUCCCUACAAAAUUACCCCUCGAAGCGCAAAGCAUGCUUCGCUGAUUCGAGAUAACACAAUGGGGUUUUCUGGCAAGGAGGCUAAUGCCGAUGCCCUCCAUGCAGCGGGGUUUGAAAGCCUCAAGUUUUAA